AUGAACCUCUCUUUGUUUGUGCUCCUGAUUCCUGCAGUGAUCGGGACCAAAGAGUGGAAGGUAUUGUGUCUAUUGUUUGUCUCACUUUACUAACCAACUUUUCUAGAACGUAUUCGUUCCAAGUACCCAACAAUCUCAAACAAUCGCCGGAGUAAGUGCUCAAUGUGCAAAUGACACUGCCACGUGGCAAAACUCUUUGCACAUUGUGUCGGAAGUCUCUGUCGAGUGCUUGAUUGAGAAAAAGUGUACGGCUGAAGAGGCGCAGAAGAUCAAGGAGAACUUUUAUGCGCUGGAACGUGAGUUCAAGAUGACUAGGACAGUAUUCAUAUCGAUUUCACAGAACUAGACGCCUGGGGUAAGAUUCCGUCUUCCGGGCUGUUCGAAAUUCCAUUGAUCUUCGAUGGAUCCUACCAGGAAUGUCAACGAAUCAGUGGCGAGAAGUAUGAGACCAACUACUGCUACAUGAUCUUAUUGCCGGGAAAGGUACGAUACAUGAUUUUUGUUCAAUGCACAUGAUACUUUUUAGAAUGCCACAUGCAAUCUGAUCAACGGAGUCCCUUCUACAAUCUUCUUCCGAAGCGCGGUGUGCAUGCCCAACUCGUGCACUUCCUCGGACCUUCCGACCGUCUACAAUCAGAUAUCCUCGAUGCCGUUCACCGCGUGCUCCGCAUUCUGCUCGAGAUUCGCGGUGGAGAAGACGUCGUCGUGGUGGGCGUUCAGUGCAUUUCUCCUCGUCGUCGUCUGUUUCGCCCUGCUUGCCACGUCAGUCGACUACGUUCGCGAGGCGAUCGGAAUGAAGGAAAGGAAUGAGAAUUGGAUGCUCAAAAUACUGCUCACGCUCUCAUUGUGGACCAAUGCGGAGCUCUUGUUGUCGGUCAGAGAGCACAAACCGGGAUUCAUCAAGUCACUGGAUUGCAUUCGAUUCCUCUCCAUGUUGUGGGUCGUCACCGGACACACUUUCACCUAUAUGCUGUUCCCAGGCGAGUGCUACCAGUUGAGCAUACUUUUAAAGACUAGUUUCAGAUCAAAUUCUUACUGUCACCGGGUUCUUCAAGCACUUCUGGAACCAUCUGCUACUAAACGCCUUUCUGUCCGUGGACACAUUCUUUCUGCUCUCUGGCAUUGUCGUUUCUUACCUAUUCUUCAAAACCCGUCUGACAGUGAAUCAAAUCAAAAGCCCUGUCACGUGGAUCCUCUUCUACGUGCACAGAUACCUCAGACUCACUCCUCCCAUCAUGAUCUUCAUCGGAUUCUUCACAGUCUACGGCUACUAUAUCCAAGGCCCUUCGGCGGCUGCACAAAUGAGUAAGUCCUACUGAAACCAAUCAAUUCUCCCGUUUCUUUUGCAGACCAGCUAAUCCCUCAAGUGAACGCGUGUCAACAGUACUGGUGGAGAAACCUGAUCUACAUUAACAAUUUGCUACCCAACGAAGAACAGUGCUACGGAAUCACGUGGUACUUGGGAGUGGACACCCAGUUGUACGUGAUCGCUCCCUUCGUUCUUAUCGCUCUCUACUUUUCCUUUGCUGCCGGAGUAGCCCUGAUAACUGCUGGCUGUGUGGGAAGUAUCAUCACUGUCUAUGUGCUCUAUGGGAUCAAUGAUCUCCCGGCGGAUUUCUUCGGAAAUGGGUUGGUUUCUAAGGCUCAUCUGCUUGCUGUAUGAUUCCUUGUUUACAGUGUGAACACAAACUUCUACGAUAUAAUAUACGACAAGCCCUGGAUCCGCUGUCCUCCGUAUCUGGUCGGACUUUUGGUCGGAUAUUGUCUGGCCACUUACGGAAAGAGGAAAGUGCGACUGAACUGGGCACUGGCGGUCACUGGAUGGAUAAUAGCAUUCGGAAUCGCUGCCGCUUGCAUCUUUGCGACUUAUGACUAUGACAAAGGAUCCCAUUGGAGGUACACAUUCGAAUCUAAACUUUAUCCACUUUCAAUGUCUUUCAGCGUCUUCACCCGUGCCACCUUUUACAAUUUUUCGCGUCUCGGCUGGGCGAUCGCAGUGUCGUGGGUCAUAGUGGCCAAUCACAUGGGAUGGGGAGGUACAGUAAUCCUAUAUGACCGUAAUUCUCAUGUUCUUUUCCCUCCAGGACCCAUCGACGCGUUCAUGUCGCAUCCGAUGUGGCAGCCGUUCGGAAGACUCUCCUACUGCGCCUACAUCGUCCAUUUCUUCAUUCUCUACUGUUACCUGAAUAUCAACGACACCAGUAUCCACUAUUAUUCCACUUUCCAAAUUGUAAUUCUCAAAAUCUCAUCAGAAUGGAAUCUAUUUUUCAAUAUUUCCAGUUCAUCUACUACGCAGUUCCGGCCACCCUCCUCUCCUACAUCUUCGCCUUUUUCUGGAGUUGUCUCUUCGAAGUUCCCGUUCUAAAGUAGGACUUUUUCAGAGAACAACACUAUAAUAUCUGUUCAGAUUGGAGAAAAUGAUGAUCGAAUCGAUUCUGAGUAACGGAAAGUCUUCUGGAAAAGAAGGAGACGUAGAGAAACAAAAGCGAUCAGAUAUCAAAACUGAAGAACAACUCUGGGACACUUCCGCUUCUACGAGUACUAAAUUUUAA